UAAUGAUUUCCGUGCCUAUGAUCGUAUGGACACUUCAUCGUAAAGUUUCGUCCAAUUCUGUGAUUGGUCCAUUAAAGUGCGGGAAAUACAAAAGUGUAAACAUAUUUUUAAUUUUAAUCAUAAUAAUGGAAAUUAAAACGGUGUCAAACAAUAUCAAACUUCUUCUUGAGAGAAGAAUUAAUCCCACUAUAAUUCAAAAAAACAAAAUUACUAAUAAAAAAUCCAAAAGAGGACGUGAUAUUUUAUGUUUUAAUGAUUUAGAAUAUACCAUCCAUAGAGUAAUAAAUGCCACAUCGUAUUACAGGUGUAGACAAAGGAGUUGCUUAGGACGGGAUAUUUUACAAUCAGGUAGGUUCACAGAGAUGCAGGAUCAAACCAUAGAACAGUGUAAAUCACAUAUUGGCAAUAUGUUUACUCCAUGUCAACCCUUAGUAACACAGAACAUGCAACCUGUUAAUGCCAUAUCAAGCAAUAUAUGUGCCCCAUCUCAACUCUCUGUAGCAAACUACUAUAACUAGCAAUAUGUUUACUCCAUGUCAACCCUUAGAAUUUGCUGAUAAAGCAUCAGCUUAUAUUAAAUUAAUAUAUAAUUCAAAUUUAUUUGAUAAUAUAUAAUUUUUAUUGUAAAUAAUUUAUAUUUGUUUUAUACAUGC